CUUAACAAACAGCAACUCUACAACUUAAGGGCCCUUUCAACAUUUCCAAGCAUAAUAAAAUCCUGUAGUUUCGUAUCCUUUCUUUAGCUUUGAUUCACUCUUCGUUGCCGUCAUAUGGGUAACUACUUUAGUGCUUUCAUUUGUCGUCCAUCAGAUAUUGCUGUUGUCGGGAAAGUGAUUCUUAGGGACGGGACGAUUCAGGAGUUUAGCUGGCCAUUGACGGUGGCGGAGCUGAUGCUGGAGCAUCCACAACAAGUGGUGGUAGAAUACCACGCAGCUGUUAACGAGAAGAAACCCGUUCCCUUACCGGCUGACCAUAAACUCCACGUGGCAAAAGUUUACGUAAUGCUGCCGGUGAAGCAAGGGAAACCAACCACGUUGUCGUCCGAGGAAGCUCGCCGGGUUCUGGUGAGUGCCAACGCCGUUUUGAGAUCGAAUUCGAGGUUCUUUCCUUUGUUUUCCAGGAUUUGCCCUGCAAAUCAUAUGCAAGUGAUGGGACAAAAAUCGCCGUUGCAGGGGAAGGGAAACGGCCGCGAAAGACUUGAGGAAGUUGGCAGUUCGACGGAGCUAAUACCGGAAAGUAUGGAAGGGAGGGUGGAGUAUAUGAACAGGCAAUAUUCCGCCAAGGGAUGGAAACCAAGCUUGGAUACUAUAAAGGAGAAGCAGAUUGAGACAAAGGUUCCGCAUUGGUUGUUUUAAAGCUAGCUAAGUACUUAAUUUAGAUUAUUCGUCUUCAUCAUGCAACUGUUUUCGAAAUAUUACAUGGAAAAAACACUAGCUAAUGUUGGGUCUUCUUCGAUUUCUUUGUAGAAACAAUUAAAAAGUGUUUUUUGUUUGAGGAACUAGUUUUUAUUUUUAUAUAAACAGAGAGUUUUAAAUAAAUAAA